UCAUAGGUAUAUCUGUCCCAAAGCUCCUGGAUUUGGGUCUGAACCGGAAGUGGACUGCUUCCUUAUGACUGGCCUGUUUGGCUUUUCUACCUACACACGCUGGUCAUUCAUCCUCAUUGGCGUCUCAGAACUCCUCCUUGCGCUAGGGCCACUCCGUUACUCGCACACAUAUCUCAUACUCUCCCAGAUAGCGUUCGGAAACUCCCUGCUGGUGACCUUCGUUUCCUAUACGUUUCUCGUGCCCGGUGUUGUCUUCAUCAGAACAGAUUCGUCACACGACACAGAACGCGCACUUCUCACCAGCGCUACGGCACAUAUCAUGCAUCUGGCCAACGCGGUGGUGUGCUUCCUGGAGUGGAGAUACUUGUCAAAGAUACCGGCUGUGGUUCAGAGUUCGUUCCAUGUCACAGCCCCUACGCCUACUGGUUGCUUCAUGAGCACCACAAUCUCAGACAGUCUGCGAGCCAAACUUUUGUUUGACUGUACAUAUGUGACAUUUGCGUUAACGUUUGUAACGACACAUGGUAUCGUCUUUUAUCCUUUCUUAAACCCACAUAAUCCAUCCACUCCGAUUGCCAUACUUGUACUGAUAGCCGUCGCCGUUGGGCUGUGGGUGUGCUGUCGCAAGGUUGUUACUUCCUUGCAUGGGCCGCAGAGCAAAAUGACUAAGCAUGCGUGAAUGGUCACCCUACCCCUGGUAGCCGGCACGUGACAAGUAGUUUUCAGGUUGAAUGCUACCGAAGAAAAAGGGGAAAAGAAUGAUAGAUACUAACUAUAAACAGAUGUCAAGCCAGUAAGUAAGCACUGUUCUCCAUUCCCGGAGCAUCGAAUUGAACCCUAAACCUAAACGAGGAAUGUUCUGCAAGAGAACUUCGACGACACCCUUGCUAGGAGACAUAACAUCCGUCACAAACGAGAAAUAACACUACAAUUGCAAUAUAUAUAUAUAUAUAUAUACAUAUAUACUUACAUACAUAUAUAUAUAGAACUAAGCGACUUUGUAGGAAGGAGUACAUACUCUUCACAUGCUCAUCCCGCGGAAACGGAAUGGCUACUCA